AUUUGGUGCAUGUGUGCAUAUUAUACAGCUACACCCAUAUUUUCACGAGCUACGCCCUCUUUUGCAGACAUGUCCUCUGGCCUCAUCCAUUCUUACGAUUUCAAGCUCCUCUUUGAGAGUUUAGCUGGAGCUAAUGGCCGUGUACCGCUUGAGACACUGAGCAAGCAUUGGCCUGAUGAUGCUAGCUUACCACCACAUCUUCCUAGAGGCUGCAUAGCUUACUGGAGAGCAGCAGCAUCUCAAGAUGGCUCACUAACCUGGAAAGGGUUCAGCAGUGGGCUGGUGGAAGCUUUCAAAGCAGACAAGCGUCGUUUGAGUGGUGGCAGUGCCAAAAAGGAAGGAAUUACGCCUAUUUCUUCUACUACUGAAGACAUUGAGAAGGAGCUGGGGAGUUGUUCCAAGGAGAGUAUAGCCAAUGCACUCACAAGGACUACAAGAGAAGUGUACAAGUCUCAGAAAUCAAUCAAUACAUUUACUAGCCCAAGAAAAGUGGAGAACAAUGCAACAGCUACUGCUACUACUGGAGAUCAUUCUACUUCAAAUCAAGCACGAGAAAGUGUGAUCUUGCAGCAACUUGAAGAGCUGCUAAGAGAUAAACUGAAAGAAAAGUCAACCACUACUGGUGGAGGCAUGGUAGAUGAAGUACUUCAACAACUCCGGAGUUUAUUGCAUCCAACUAGCAAAGGAGGGAUGAAAACUGCACAUGAUCAUGCUUAUCUUACUGCUACUAAUCCUUAUGCUACUAUAAGAAGAGGAAACACAACUGGAAAGGGAAGCAACAAAUCUUCACGUCAUUCUGUUACCAAGCAGACCCUAACUAGCUAUCCUGUGAAUCACACCAUCUCAAUGACUGGCUCAAGACCUUUAAACAUGCUACCCGAGCCUCCUCCACCAUAUUCUGUAUCAGCUCCAACUUGUGAUAGAUCAAUGCAGUAUUCGGCAUCAAUGAUGAAUCUUAAUCCCAAACCACAACCUCCUCCAGUACUGAGCCCAACACAUGCAAACAGUACUAGACAGCUACUCCAUGCAUGGAAGGAAGCUAGUACUGAUCACACUCCAUCAACUCAUAAUAAAUCUAACACUAAGAAGACUCCUUCAGCUAUGCGACAGUAUGUUAGCUCACCUGACCUCUCUCCUCAAGAAUAUCAAUACACAUCAGAAGUAAAACCAAUCAGCUCCACAAGACUAACAUUGAAUGUUUUCUCUCGCCCUCUUUUAGGAGCUAAGACAAGGCUGACAAGCUGAAAUGUAUGGUACUACCGUAGGUCGGGUUAUAUUCGCGACUGCUAAUAUUCGCGGUGAUAAAAACUAAUAAAGAAGUUCAAUUAAAUACCAUGGAAACAAACUGAUUGUUGCUAUGACAAUUGACCAUGUGUUUAUCCCUUUUCCUUACACAACGAAAUCAUAGAUAUUAUAUAUCUAUGACAAAAUUCAUAACAAUUAGUCUUUUGGACAAUGUUUUGAAUUAUUUGUGUUGUCAUGGAAACCACUCAUUUUUGGACGCCACACCUCUUGACCACGUCCAAUCAGCUAUUUUGAUCGUUUUUCAUAGAGUAUCUUUGUGCCUUUCAAGAGCUCUCAGUAGACCUGCAAAUUCUAUUCCAUUCAUUUAAAAGUGCUCCAAAGCACCUAAACUGCUUGUACCUGCAUUUACUACAACCAGUUUCACUGCUUUUACACACUCCAUUAGUGUUAGAUUUCAUUCAAUCAAUGACACAACCAAUAUCAUCAACGAAUAGUCAACUUUUUGCAAAAAAAAGUGUUGAAUAGCAAUUAUAUCAAAGUGCUGACAAAGCAUUCUUUCACUUUUCUAUUGUUUCCUAUGGCUUCUAUUUUACCACUAAUAAUUAUUAUCAAGAGUAGAUUAUCUACUCUUGUUAUUAUUCAAUACCAAUUUCUGCCGAGAAGGUGUGGUUUCCUGUAAAACGCAUGUGUUUGCCCUAAAAAGAGGCAUGAUAACUGCUUUUUUAUUAGCAGGAUAGCAGCCGCAAAUAUAACCAUAGAUUUAUAAAAUCUAUGAUAUAACCCAACCUAGUACCUACGGUAUUACUCGUCGUAGGAGCACUAAGAGAUCUUUGUCAUACCACCAGGAGAGGACAGUGCAUGCUAACACAUUAACUGAGCCUCCAUUGUCUUCCUCUCGUCAGCCUACUGUAGCACUGACGAUCCCACAAAACAGAAAA